AGGGGUGGCGAGGCCCAGCAGGCCUCACUCAGGGUGGAGAGGGAUGGGGCCUCGGUGCCAGGCAGCGCCAGCCCAGGGGAUAAUGCGGGCAGUGCAGGAGAUGGGCGGGUGCCUGAGACCCCCCUAAGAUGGUGGAGGCCCAAGAUCAACUGGGCCUCAUUCCGGCGUCGCAAGAGGGAGGAAGAAGCAUCUAGAGCUCAGGAGGCAGACGCCGCAGGUGAUCAGAGGGUGGAGGCUGAUGCCGAUCCGAGGGCAGAGGCCAUAGCUGUCCAGGGGGCAGAGGCCCCAGUUGUGCAGAGGGCAGAGGUUGUAGAUAAUCAGAGGGCAGAGGCCCCAGCUGUCCAGGGAGCGGAGGCUGUGUCUGAUGGGGCAGAGGCUGUACCCGGUGGGGCAGAGGCCAUCCCUGAUCAGAGGGCAGAGGCUGCAAGUAAUCAGAGGGCAGAGGCCCCAAGUGUUCAGGAAACUGAAUCCUCAGCUGCCCGGAGGGCCGCAGGGGCGACCCCAGGACCUCGGACCCGGAAACAGGUCAAGACAGUGAGGUUCCAGACCCCUGGCCGCUUUGCAUGGUUGCGAAAGCGCCGGAGAGCCUUCUGGCACACUCCCCGGUUGCCGACCCUGCCCAAGAGAGUCCCCAGGGCAGGCGAGGCCAGGAGCUUCAGGGUCCUGAGGGCUGAGGCCAGAGCAGAAGCAGAGCAGGGAGAACAAGAAGCCCAGCUGUGAGGUGAGGGCAGGGGGGCCGCAGAGGACCCCGCCACCUGCCAUGGUAUUGGCCACUCAGGACGUGUCCCUGACUCUCCCGCACCUGGACAGAGAUGUUCUUUCUGUCUCCACAGUUGAAAAUGGAGAAAGAGCGAGGGCCAGGCA